AAUCGCAGGGGCACAGGGCAGGAGCAGCUUUGGGGGUGCAGCUGUGGGGCAGGUUUGGUUUCGGGGCACUGAGCAGGCGCAGGGAUGAGCCCAGCCUCACACCCCCUGCUCCCCCCACCUGGUGCCAGAGUGCCACCCCACCCCCAAAUGCACAGAGUAGCACCCAGUGGCCCCCGGCAUCUCCCGUGGGGCAAAGCCUGACUCGUGCCUGCUCCUCCUGCCCCUACAAGCGCUGGGUGCGCUGCGUCUCAGCGUUGCUUCCUUGGUAGGGCAAAAAGCAAGCAUGCAUGCACGCGUGUGUGCAUGUGUGUGUGCACCACCAGCAGGGCUCUGCCAGCCCCGGCUCAAAAUAGACCCUGGGAGCGCUCCUGCAGAGGGGCCCAGAUGGCCCAUGGAGGAGUCAGAGGAGGAUGGGGAGGACAACGAGGUGUUCCUGGAGCAGCUGAUGGUGCGGACGGGCCAGGCCGUGCCGCAGCAGGAGCUGGAGGAGCAGUACACCGUGCUGGAGGAGCUGGGCAGUGGCACAUAUGGCCGCGUGGUGCUCACAGAGCCUCGGGACGGUGGCUCGCCGGUGGUCCUCAAGCUGAUGCUGAAGGAGCACACGGAGUGGAGGGCGUUCCUGCGGGAGUACUGCAUCGCCCUGUGCCUCUCCGGCCAUGCUGCCUGCAUCCGGGCCCUGCCCGUCGCCUUUGAGAGUGCCACACACUUUGCCUUUGGGCAGGAGCUCGCUCCUGCUGGGGACCUGUGCACCCUCCUCACCCCGGGGGAGGGCCUGGCGGAGGUGCUGGUGAAGCGCUGCGCCUCCCAGCUGGCAGAGGCUCUGGAUUUCAUGCACAGCCGGGCCCUGGUCCACCGGGAUGUCAAGCUGGACAAUGUGCUGCUCUUCGACCGUGAGUGCCGGCGGGUGAAGCUGGGUGACUUCGGGCUCACCCGCCUGCAGGGCUCUGCCGUUCGCGCCAUGUCCAGCACCCUGCCCUAUUCCCCACCAGAGCUCUGCCUGCUCCAGGGCUCAGACACGCUGGAGCUGGACUCCAGCCUCGAUGUCUGGGCCUUCGCUGUUCUGCUCUUCUGCCUCUGCACCGGCUGCUUCCCUUGGGCUGUGGCUGCCAGCCCUGACCCUCAGUUUGAGGACUUCAGCACCUGGCAGAGCGCUGCGGAGGGGCGGGAGGCGCCUCCAUCCUGGCAGGGCUUUGGCUAUGGGGCGCAGGAGAUGUUCCGUCGCCUGCUGAGGCUGGACCCCGACCGCCGGAGCCCAGCCAUCGAGGUGCAGAAAUACCUGUCACUGCCGUGGCUGACAGCACAGGACAGCAGAGCUCGGCUGGAUGGUGGCGACAGGUGGGAGGCAGCAGCAGGAAGCCCCCAGGCCCCCAUUACCCAGGGCUGUGCCCCAGCCGGUGGCUCAGGAGGGGGUGUGAGGGAUGCUGCUGGUGCUGGGGAGCAGGGUGAUGGCAGCUGCAGUAACAGGGACGGCGUACCCACACCGCCUGCUGGUACCCUUGCCCUGUGCCACUAGUCAGCAUCUCCAUCAGCCCCAGGGACAGGCAGCGAGGGGGGUCCUGAGGUCUGGGCCAGGGUCUUCUUGUGGGCUGGGGUGAAAACUGGGUCUGCAUGCAGUACCCUUAGGGUCAGAGGCAGCAAGCAGUGCCAGAAAAGUGCUGCAGCGAAGGGAAGGAGAAGUGAUGCUCGGGGCAGCAUUUUUUUUUUUUUUUUGGGGGGGGGGGGGGGGCCCCCCCCCGCCAGUCCCAUCUCAGCACCUCACCUGCUGUUAAUGAACAUCACUCACGAUGACAAAAUGCCUGAUUAACAAAUGUGCUAGGGUGGCAAGGAGAAGCCAGGGGAAAAGCAGCCGAAGGGUGACAGAGAAGUGGGAGGAGAGCAGUCAGUCAGAAAUCAUUAAGGCUGGUGCAAGGCCUUGGUAGGAGCAGCUGCAAAAACGUCUCAGUAACAGCAGGGGAACCCAGAAAUGGGUCCAACCUCCCCUACUUGCACGUGUGUGUGAGGAGGCUGUCAUGCCUGCUGUAAUUAGUUGAGAUGCCAAGCAGUCUCCUUGGGGUUAAUGAGCCGAAGAAGCAAGCAUGAGCCCUCCAGGCACACAGCUGGGCUGGGAGGAGCCGCAGGGCGAAUUUAGUGCUUGACAGAAACCUGAUCAACGUGGGAUUCAGCUCCCUCUGAGCUAUGCAAGGCUCUGCCACAGGCAGGAUAUUCUGCACCACGAUGACUGGGUAAUACACAUGUCUGAAGAGAGCAGAGAGAGCGAGCUGGGAUGGCACUGGAUGGGGAGGAGGCAGGGGGUGGGGUAGUGUUAGGAGAAGGGGCAUCAGCAGCUUGAAGGGUUGCAGAUGUCAGCAGAGGGGUUCCAGAGGUGAAGCCGC